UUUUUUCGAUAAAAUUUCCAUUUUUAUGAUGAUUAUAUGUCGCGCUUACUACGCUCUCGUAUUAUUUACUAGAGAGCAGUUGACUGUGACUCAACGUGAGCUGAAGAAAAUGAGAGACGAGUACGCGGAUACUGUGCCGCGACGUGAUUAUGACUGCUUGAUGGGGCAGCUCCAGGAUCAGACACAGCUCGCGGACUCCAUGCGAGAGGAACUGAAUGCACUGAAGGAUAUUCACAAACGAACUCUCAAUUCAAAGAAAAGUGUGGAGGAAGAGUUAUUUGAAAUUCAGGAGCGUUGCAGUGAGCUCGAACGAGCGGGCACCCCUCGCCCCCAGUGGGAGCUGUGCGCAGAUUUCAUUGGCGGUGGACGAGACAGGUUUAUGAAAUUCAUCCAUUUUCCAAGAUUAUCUUAAUAUUUUGAUAUGAGCACAGUGGCGCAACAUUUUCGUUUCUAUUUAGUUUUUGUUUCGUGUGUUAUAAUAUCACAUUAUAUAUAUUCUAAAAUAUUUAAAUACAAUGAUAUCAUUUCACUUAAUUAUUUACUUUAUUGCACUAAGUGUAGAAAUGAAAAUUUACGAGGUAGUAUUUUAAAAAAAAGAAUGCACUAAAAAGCACCUCACUAAAUGGUGACUCUAGCAAGAGUUGAUUUUUGCAGGAAACGAAUGGACCAGCCAUUUCCUUUCUUAUAACUAAAAACUGAAUUUGCAAAGUUCGAAAGAUAUAAAAAAAAAAAUACGAAAAAGUACAAAUAGAAUAUGAGUUUUGAAAAUUAAUUUACUUUUAUACAUGAAAGAAAACUAAAAGGGUUGUCAUGG